AUCAUAUGGGUUUUUUAAUAUGGCAUGGAUCGAGAGACAAACUCAAUCAAUGUUUUAAUGAACUCAAUCAACAACAUCCAGAUAUACCAGUCACUAUUUCUGUUGGAUUACAUGUAAAUUUUCUUAAUGUUGAUAUUGAAAAUCGUCAAGGUAAUCUACAUACAUGUGUUUAUCAUGAUCCAAAUCAACAACCAUUUCUAUUACCCUAUGCUAUCAAUUAUCCACGAAUAUCACAUCGACAAUGGGUUCGAUUUGCUCUUCUACGUGCUGGUCAAUAUUGUAGUUCAUGGGAUGAUUUUCAAGAUGAACGCAUCUAUAUUGAAUUAACUUGUUUAGCCAAUGGUUAUUCAUUAGAUUUUGUUGAAUAUCAUAUGGAACAAUUCUUUACACGAUUUCCUCCAAUGGACAGGGGUAUUAUUCUCAAUCGAUGGACAUAUCCUACGUUUCGUACACGAUUAUUUACUUAUAUGCGUGAACAACAACAACGACAAUUAAAGAACAAUCCUUCUUUCAUUCAAUUAAGUUAUCUAUUUGAUUGGGGUUCACGAUGUGAAUUCAAUGAGAAAUUCGAUCGAUUAUGGUGGCAAAUACUUGGGUUCGAUACAAAUUUUAGAAAAUUAAAUUUAAGAGUAAAACUUAUUUCUAAACAUUGUUAUCCAUCCAAUGCUUACUUCUUUCCAUAA